GUGUCAGCCAAGAAGAAGAACUCCAAGAAGGCGCAGCCCAACAGCAGCUACCAGAGCAACAUCGCGCACCUCAACAAUGAGAACCUGAAGAAGUCGCUGUCGUGUGCCAACCUGUCCACAUUCGCCCAACCCCCGCCGGCCCAGCCGCCCGCACCCCCAGCCAGCCAGCUUUCCGGCUCCCAGACUGGAGUCUCCUCUUCUGUCAAGAAGGCCCCGCACCCUGCCAUCACUUCUGCAGGGACACCCAAACAAGCCCUCCUCCAGGCGUCCACUAGUGAGCUGCUACGCUGCCUGGGCGAGUUUCUCUGCCGCCGGUGCUAUCGCCUGAAGCACUUGUCCCCCACGGACCCUGUGCUCUGGCUGCGCAGCGUGGACCGCUCGCUGCUUCUGCAGGGCUGGCAGGACCAGGGUUUCAUCACACCGGCCAACGUGGUCUUCCUCUACAUGCUCUGCAGGGAUGUUAUCUCCUCCGAGGUGGGCUCGGACCACGAGCUCCAGGCUGUCCUGCUGACCUGCCUGUACCUCUCCUAUUCCUACAUGGGCAAUGAAAUCUCCUACCCGCUCAAGCCCUUCCUAGUGGAGAGCUGCAAAGAAGCCUUUUGGGACCGUUGUCUCUCAGUUAUCAACCUCAUGAGCUCCAAGAUGCUGCAGAUCAAUGCUGACCCACACUACUUCACACAGGUAUUCUCCGACUUGAAGAAUGAGAGUGGCCAGGAGGACAAGAAGCGACUCCUCCUGGGGCUGGAUCGGUGAGCCCCUGUAGCCGGAAUCCCGGCUCAAGGGUUCCAUUCGUUUUUAAAAAUUUAUUACUAAAUGAAUCAAGUUUUGUGUACAGUAUGUGUCUAGCAAAGCCACCAAGGGCCUCUUCCCAUGUUCUCUCCUUGGGGUUUUUUUUCCAGCCCUUUCAAGAACUCUGGGGACUUUCGAACUCAUGAACCUUGUGCAAACCCAGAAGAUGCAUUCAGAGCCAGUCAGGCUGCUGACCACUCACUUUUGGGGACACAAGGGACUGGCUUGCCCAUGUCACCUGUACCCAUGCUGGGUCCAGAGUAGAUGAGGCUUCCCACUGUCCCAUGAUGGGAGCUAGAGAGAGGCCGAUGGCAGUGGCCCAGAAGGAAUUGACCCUUUUCUGGUGACUGUUUCAUUUUCUUAAAGGCUCCUGGAGCCAGCUGUCCUGACUCAGGCAUCAGGAUGUUCUCAGUGAGGCAAGCUCUUCACUGCCCCGGGGCAUCAGUACAGGAGCCUGGAAGUGGGUCUGGGGCAAAGAUCGUCCAUGGCUGUUCAUGGAGCACGGCCCUGUUUUGCUGCUUGGCUUUGGGCGAAGGGCUUUUCUUUACUGGCAGGAUGGAGCUCUCCGCCCCAUCCUUUUGUCUAUGCUUCCAGCUCCCACGUUAGUGUUGGUUAAUGAGGUGGUUUGCUCAUUAGAUUCCUCUCUCAUCUGGGGUCCCUGCUAAGGGGGUGAGGUGAAGCUAGGGCAGCUCCUUUCCUGAGUUUUCAUUUGAGUAAUGCAGCUUAGUCACUGCACAGGCUAGGACAGUGGCAGGUGCCCCUGAGCAACGCUGCCUUCUGGGCAGGUGGGUGUCCAUGCUUGAGAUCAAGUUGGUGCCCAUGUAAGUGCUAAGGCCCAUGACAUUUGUCCUGCAAAGCUAGGGAAGGUGAGAUCAGCUGAUAGAGCACCGUGGUAAUAGUCUCUCCCAGCCCUACCCGUUAGUUUAAGCUGUUUCCAAGCAGUUCAGUUUCUCCCAGGGAUGAAGCUUUGCUAUGUGCUACCUAGUGAGGCAGCUGCAUCUUGGAGACAAUUGCAAGAUUCGAGUGUGACUCCUGAUUGCUUUGGAAGCUUGGUGACUGUCCAGCUGAACACUUCCAGCUGCUGGGUGUGGUGGCCACCUAUCCCUGGCGGCUGCAGACCACUCUCUGUAGACUUUACUGGUUUUCCUUUCUAAUUUUCCCAGACUGGUGGCUUGGGGUUUGGAAGCGGUCCAAGAGAAGGGAGUGAGUCUUCCCACCCUCACUGCAGCGUUGGGGAACAAAGAGCAAUGUGAAGAUGCUCCCCAGGAUUUCCUCUUCCUGUCCUGCUCCCCAGGGAGAGCUGGGAUUGGGGGCCACAGCGGGGAAGGCAGAGGUUAUCUUACAUAGGAUUAGGUUCCAGGUGGCUGCCAACUUCCGCACAAGCACUACUGAAAACCCACACAGAAAGAGAGCUGUGAAAUUGAGGUCUCCAUUGAAGAGGCCUGGAGCAGAGCCUUUCAGCCAAUGUGUUUGCAGGGUGGGGAAGAGGACCCGACCUGCUGGGACUAGAGAGCCUCUGCCCAUUCCCUCAGCCAGGUUCCUAGAGAGCGGCUCCCGCCCUCAUGAACUGUUGUGGAGCUGGGGAGCCCUGCAGCCUCCGUGGCCUGGCUUCAGAUUCUGCUGCCAGGGUGACCUGUGCGGGGAGCCCCAUGGGGCAACUGGCCCCUGGUGUAGUGGAAGAGGAGCUUCAGUUGUCCGGCCUGAGGAGGAGGGUGUAUGUUUGUAGUCUGCCCAGCUGCUGAAGCUGUUCACUGAGCUGCAAUCACAGGAUUCUAGCUCUCUUGACUGUUUCCUUCUCUUUGUACUUUAAACAACAAAAACAACAUUUUUUUUUUUUUUAAUUUUUGAGGAGGUGCAUACUUCAGGAGUGGUUGGCGUAAGGAAAGAACUCCCUAGUUCCAUUGUGAAGCCGUGUGUUCUCUCCCCUCGCAUUGGCCAUCAGUGCUGUGCAAAGGUACAACUGAUAGACUUGAGUGUUCGAGCAAUGAACCCAUCCGACAUGCUGCUAUGAAGACACUUUUAGAACAAAAACACACAAAAUAGAAAAGGAAAAAAAAAAGAAAAAAUGUGAAAAAAAAAAACCUACAAAAACACAAAAACCCCUUUUAUUCUUCGUUGCUUUUACAGUGGUACUGUGCAUGCAAACCAGGAACAUUUUGUGUCUUAAGAAAAAUAACGUUAGAACAGAUGGCUGUGGGAAUCAUGCCGUGCCGAGAACAAGCCACUGAAGCAUAGUUCAGGAUUGGAUUUUUCUCUUUUCCUUACAACCCUGAAGGGUUGAGAUAUUCUUUCCAUGCAGUUAUUAGAAUUUAGUUUUGUUUCAGCAGUGUUAAACUUGCAAUGAAAAGAAAAUGUGCCAUCCCCUGCCCCAGAAUUAUCGAUAGCUGUCAUCUGAUACUGCUAAUUACACACACGUGAUGUAUGGGUUUUUUUUGUUUGUUUUUUUUUUGUUUUUGUUUUUUUGUUUUUGUUUUUUUUUGGUUUUUUUUUGUAGUGAAAUUCCUUCUGUAGCUAUUCUUUGACCAAACUGUGGAUAUUGUUAAUUUAUAUUUGUCUCAUUAUGUAUGUAUGUGUAGUGUGUUUGUGAGUAUGUGUGGUUUAUAAUCUGAUGAGUCAUGAAACUCAGUUUGGCUGUAAUUUAAUUCCCCUUCCCUUAUUUUUAUUUAUUUUUGUACUGUGCUGAUUCAAUAAAAUGCACUGACCAUCCA